GUAGCGAACCAACGGGUCUUGUCUCUCUUCCUGUUUCUCCGACGGGCAAAGCACAAAACUGAAACCUAAGCCUCUACAGCUACCAGCAAGAUCGGCCGCCCCUCCACUCCGACAACACAACAGGUGACAAACCCUUACUGACAUAAAGAUGGCUUGGAGGGGACACCUAUCUCGGAAUCUGAAGGAGAUCCGUUUCCUGUUUUGCCAAACUUCCCCCGCAAGUUCUCAAACCAGAGAAUUUGUUCAAAGGAAUUACAAAGAUUUGAAGACCCUGAACCCCAAGUUCCCAAUCUUGAUCCGUGAAUGCAAUGGAGUUCAACCUCAGUUAUGGGCCAGAUAUGAUAUGGGCGUUGAAAGAGGAAUUCCUUUGGAAGGCUUGACUGAGGCACAGAUUAAUAAGGCCCUGCAAGACCUUGUCCAAUUGGGAGCAUCCCUUAAAGCCUGAAUACCGCCACUAUAGUGGAUAUAGUGGUUAUUUGGAAUUGAAAUAAGCUGAGAAUGGCUGGGACUUCCUCAAUAAGAUGUUAUUGUCUAAUUUCUGAUCAAUCUUGACUUGUUUUUCGUCAAGUCAUUAUCUAAGACAGAAUGUUCCUUCA